ACUGUUCCGUAAUUGACUUUGCUACUAGGAUGAAAUACAACUGUAGAAAUGACACUUUGCCAAUAACGCAUAUUCACAGUUGAGGAAAGCCUUCCUUUCGCAGGCAGAAGGCAGGAAGCUGGUUUUCUUUUAACUUUUUUUUGUGCUUCUCUGAUUGUGGUGGCUUCUGCAAAGUAUAUUGUUCCUUUCUUAGACUCACAAUGGCAUCCAUGGACUUUUACUACUGGCCAGGCAGUGCUCCUUGCAUGACAGUUCAAAUGGUGGCUCAGGAUAUAGGUGUGAAGCUGAACAUAAAGUUCACCAAUCUUCGAGCAGGUGACCAUCUGAAACCAGAGUUUUUGAAAAUGAAUCCUCAACAUACAGUCCCAACACUAAAUGAUAAUGGUUUCUGUCUUUCAGAGAGCCAUGUUAUUAUUGCAUACUUGGUGGAUCAGUAUGCAAAAGAUGACUCUCUGUAUCCUAAAGAUGCUAAGAAACGGGCUCUAGUGAACCAGCGACUCUUCUUUAAUGUGUCAACACUUUAUGGACGUUUUUCUGCAUAUUAUUAUCCUGUAAUGUUCUGGGGAGCAAAACUAUUUGAUCCUGUGAAACUAAAGGAAUUGGAGACAGCCUAUGAAUUCUUGAAUACAUUUCUUGAGGGACAGCAGUGGGUAGCUGGUACAUCAAUGACCAUUGCUGAUUAUGCAAUUUUGACAUCAGUUAGUACUGCAGAUGCUGUUGGUUUUAACAUCAAGAAAUAUCCUAAUGUUGAUGCAUGGUUCAAACGAGCAAAGACAGCAGUGAAGUCAUAUGAAGAAAAUUAUCGUCAACACGUUAUGCUAUUUAAGAAACAAUAUGAUGAUGUCACUGGCAAGAAGUAGCUUGGUGGAAA